UUCUGUGUGGCUUUGGGUCCGUUAGCAAGUUGGAGCCCACCUCUUCAGUCAUCACUGUGGUGUGUCUAUCGCCUGCAUAUUGUUGAGAUUUUGUUGGUUUUCCAGUGAUGUGUCGAGAUCCACAAUGCACCUGCACCAGGGGAUUUUUCAGUCUGCAUUUAGCAGUGAGCUGUUCGCCGUGUCAUUAGCCUGGGCGCUCCGAGAGGAUCCCCCGCCCAAGUACUAUCACCGCGACCCCGCAAACUCCGAGGUGUACCUGUGUGACCAGUGCCCGCCGGGGACCGCGGUUCGGCGACACUGUGGCCCAGACGGGCCCACCCUGUGCGAUCCGUGCCCCGAGCACCACUUUUCAGAGCAGUGGCAUUGGGGUGAAACAUGCCAGUACUGCACCGCCGUCUGCAAGGAGCGCCAACUGGUGGUGCGGGAGUGCAACAGCACCCACGACCGACUCUGCGAGUGCUCCCAGGGGUAUCACCUGGAGGUGGAGUUUUGUGUCAGACACACUGCCUGCCCACCAGGCCAAGGUGCCGCUAUUUUGGGAACCCCCGAGAGCGACACCGUGUGCAAGAGAUGCCCUCGUGGAUACUUCUCCAGCGUGGUCUCGGCCACAGAGCCCUGCCUCCCGCACCAGAACUGCAGCCGGCUGGGACUGCGUACAACGCGCCCAGGGACAGCCACCCAAGACGCCGUCUGUGAGACGGAGACUGGCGGCACCUCCUCACGCUGUCGCGCAGACACCACGCUGUGCGAGGAAGCCAUCUUCCAGUUCCUGGUGUCACGCCGCCUCUGCCUGGUGCAACCAGACCUGCUGUUGGACAGCCUGUCGACCCGAAAGGUGGAUGGGAGAAGCCUGGAGCGCGUGAAGACCAUGAAACUCCUGCAGAUGUGGAGGGAGCAGAACAAAGACCAGGACAGGCUCUUUGUCCAAGGUGUGAGCCACUGCGAAAAGAAGGUCUCCAGGUUCGUGGGCCUGAGGAACCUGUCACUGGAAGACCUGGUGCAAGUCAUGGAGAGCCUGCCAGGCGUGAAGGUGCCCCAGGAGGAGGUCCAUGAGGUGGCCAGAGCUUGCCUCUUCGAGCAGUCCCUCCUGCAGUUGCUACAGCUGUGGAAGAGCAGGAAUGAGAAGCUGGACAUCGGCCGGGGCCUGGAGCUGAGCCUGCGCAAGCUCCGUGGCCAGGACGUCCCGCAGCCACUCCUGCGGGCAUUACGCAAGAUGAGCCGCAUCUUCAACGCAGCCUCCUUGCACAAGAUGUGCGAGAAAAUGUUCGUAGGCAAGUUUCAGGAUAGCAAGUGCUCCCAAUCGAAAUCGUUUAAUGACUAGCCCUGAGAAGGAACAAUAUUUAAAACAAACAAAAAAACUUAUUUAAAAGUUGUAUAUAAUAGUCGGUCUCAAGGAAACCUCAGAAUAAUGAGUAAUGAGUUGGCUUUCGAUGAUGUGGUUGAGUUCGAUUUCAAAAUGAAAUCUGUCUGUCUGAAACAAAGCUCUAUUGAAAUGAAUGUAUAGAAGAGUGCAAUUUUUAUUUUUUUGUACUUUAUUUUGACUUUUUCCUUCUUUGCAAAGCUAAAAUUUAAUUUAGCUUGGGUUCAGCCAUUGGUUAGGAAAAUGGAAUCCAAGAAGCAUAAAGAAACAUUUCAUUUGUCAGAAAUGGUUUGUUUGAAGAGGAGUUUUGUAUAAAUAAUAUCUUUUGGUUAAUGUAUUAAAGCAUUUUUACUAAAUAUUUUGAUUGCAUAUAUUUUAAAUAAAUUCUCUGUCUGUUAGUCUUG